AGGAGGAGAGAGCAGAGUAUACCGCAGACAUCAUUUCUACUACAGUGGCGGAGCCGUACAGGACCUGUUUCACUGCAGGGGGAUCCAAAACAAGCCCCGUGGAGCAGCAGCCAGAGCUACAGCAGCCGCAAGACACUGUUUCUCUCCCUCUGCCCCCCCUUCCCCACGCAACCCCAGAUCCAUUUACACUUUACAGAGGAUCUGGCUGCAAAUCACUGAGGUGUUCCAUUCAAGCUGCAGAUUUGUCUGUCGUCUUUGGACAGCAGUCUCCUCCUCCACGGCUGCUUCGGGGGAGUCCAACACCCAUCAGCAGUCUGGAGCAAAAUGAAAGAGCUGAUGUCGAGGCCUCCCAAGUAGUGCGGCUACAGACCAUGAGCAAGAGAGAAGGAGGAGAGCUCAGCCUGCACGAACGAUCCUGGAACGCAGGUGGUCUUGGAUUUCUAUUCUAGCCACCAGUGCUGAUCUCAGCGACACUCCACUGGCACCCUGGAGCUCCGAGAGCCUGAACAAAGAAAGCCCGGAAGGGGCUAAUCUACUUCCUGAAAGUUAAUGGAACAGGAAUGACCUUCUGCUGGCCUAAGGUGGACAUUUGCCUCAAAGCCCAGAAGCCUGUGAUUCUCGAAUCUUCUUUCAGGGUCUAGGCUUUUCACAUUGACUUUCUCUGCUGCCUCCCCUUCUGCUCAAGCAAAAUCUGUCUGAGAAGAUCUGAUGGGAAGGAACUAACUGCUUAGGACUCUCCCUUGUGAUGAAAGCACAUGUACAGUUUUCCAAAGAAAUUAGUCCGUUUUCUGGGUGGAGAGAGACCAGACUGCUGUUUUCACAGGAUACUUCUCCCUUCUCUGUGAAAGGAAGAAAGAACACACCUAGGCCCAGGAGCACUCCAGCUUCUUGUGGGAAGUCUCCAUGGUGAAGUACAAGCUCGGCCUACCUGUGAACUGCGCACAGUGAAUGUUAUUCCAGAGCAGCUGCUGGAGGAUCGCACCCACGGGGAGAUGAUUCCUCAUGAAGAGCCUGGAUCCCCUACAGAAAUCAAAUGUGACUUUCCGUUUAUCAGACUAAAACCAGAGCCAGUCCGACAGUGAAACGGUCACCGUGGAGGGGGGACGGCGAAAAAUGAAAUCCAACCAAGAGCGCAGCAACGAAUGCCUGCCUCCCAAGAAGCGCGAGAUCCCCGCCACCAGCCGGCCGUCCUCGGAGGACAAGGCAGUGCCCAGCGACAACCACCGCGCGGAGAAUGCGGCAUGGCUCCCCGGCGCCCGGGGCCACGUGGGCGGGCGGCUAGGACCGGCGGGGCCCCCGGCGGAGCUCGGUUUACAGCAGGGAAUAGGUUUACACAAAGCGCUGUCCACGGGGCUGGACUACUCCCCGCCCAGCGCGCCCCGGUCCGUCCCGGCGGUGGCAUCCACCACGACGAUGCCCGCGGCAUACCCGCCGCCCCCGCCAUCCGGGGCCCCCGUGUCCCCGGUGCAGUACGCCCACCUGCCGCACACGUUACAGUUCAUCGGGUCUUCCCAGUACAGCGGGCCCUACACCGGUUUCAUCCCUUCCCAGCUGAUCUCGCCCACGGCCAGCCCGGUCACCAGCGCGGUGGCCUCGGCGGUGGGCGCCGCCACGCCUGCCCAGCGCUCCCAGCUGGAGGCCUAUAGCAGCCUGCUGGCUGACAUGGGCGGGCUGAGCCGAGCCUCCGGACACAAGGCUGAGCCACCGCCACCGCCGCCACCGCCGCAGCACCUAGGCCGGACUGCGGGGCUCCUCCCCCCGGGGUCCCCUCCGCCCCCCCAGCAGAGCCAGUACGUGCGCAUCUCCAGCUCGCCGCAGAACACCGCACGCCCGGCCUCGCCGCCGACCCUCCCCGUCCACCUGCACACGCACCCGACCAUGAUCCCACACACGCUCACCCUGGGGCCCUCCCCGCAGGUGGUCGUGCAGUACACCGACUCCGGCAGCCACUUUGUCACCCGCGAGGCCACCAAGAAGGCCGAGAGCAGCCGGCUGCAGCAGGCCAUGCAGGCCAAGGAGAUGCUGAACGGGGAGGUGGAGAAGGGCCGCCGGUACGGGGCGCCCCCUGCGGCCGACCUGGGCCUGGUGAAGGCAGCCGGCAAGGCGGUGCCCCACCCCUACGAGUCCAGGCACGUGGUGGUCCACCCCGGCCCCGCCGACUACAGCGUCCGCGACGCGUCGGGGGUACGGGCCUCCGUGAUGGUCCUGCCCAACAGCAGCACCCCCGCCGCCGACCUCGAGGGGCAGCAGGUCACCCACCGGGAGAACUCGCCGUCCGCCCUCAACGACAAGAGCGGCCUGCACUUGGGGAAGCCCGGGCACCGCUCCUACGCACUGUCCCCGCAGCAGGCGCUGGGCCCCGAAGGCGUGAAGGCCGUCGCCACGCUGUCCCCGCAUACGGUCAUCCAGACCACACAUAGCGCCUCGGAGGCCCUCCCGGUCGGGCUGCCGGCCACGGCCUUCUACGCGGGCACGCAGCCGCCGGUCAUCGGCUACCUGAGCAGCCAGCAGCAAGCGAUCACCUACGCCGGCGGCCUGCCCCCGCACCUGGUCAUCCCGGGCACCCAGCCCCUGCUCAUCCCCGUGGGCAGCGCCGACCUGGAGGGGUCGGGCGCCGCCUCGGCCAUCGUCACGUCGUCGCCCCAGUUUGCUGCAGUGCCUCACACGUUCGUCACCACCGCCCUGGCCAAGAGCGAGAACUUCGGCCCUGAAGCCCUGGUCACCCAGGCCGCCUACCCGGCCAUGGUGCAGGCCCAGAUCCACUUGCCCGUGGCGCAGUCCGUGGCCUCCCCCGCCGCUGCCGCGCCCCCCACGCUGCCGCCCUACUUCAUGAAAGGCUCCAUCAUCCAGUUGGCCAACGGGGAGCUGAAGAAAGUGGAGGACCUGAAGACAGAGGACUUCAUCCAGAGCGCGGAGAUCAGCACCGACCUGAAGAUCGACUCCAGUACGGUGGAGAGGAUCGCGGACAGCCACAGCCCCGGCGUCGCCGUGAUCCAGUUUGCCGUCGGGGAUCACCGAGCGCAGGUCAGCGUGGAAGUUUUGGUAGAGUAUCCUUUUUUUGUGUUUGGACAGGGCUGGUCAUCCUGUUGCCCGGAGAGGACCAGCCAGCUCUUUGAUUUGCCAUGCUCCAAACUCUCCGUUGGGGACGUCUGUAUCUCGCUCACCCUCAAGAACCUGAAGAACGGCUCUGUUAAAAAGGGCCAGCCCGUGGAUCCAGCCAGUGUCCUGCUGAAGCACUCAAAGACCGAUGGCCUCGCUGGCAGUAGACACAGGUAUGCCGAGCAGGAAAACGGGAUCAGCCAGGGAAGCGCCCAGAUGCUCUCUGAGAACGGCGAACUGAAGUUUCCCGAAAAAAUAGGAUUGCCGGCCGCGCCCUUGCUCACCAAAAUAGAACCCAGCAAGCCCGCGGCCACGAGGAAGAGGAGGUGGUCAGCGCCCGAGACCCGCAAACUGGAGAAGUCGGAAGACGAGCCACCUUUGACUCUUCCCAAGCCUUCUCUCAUUUCUCAGGAGGUUAAGAUUUGCAUCGAAGGCCGCUCUAACGUAGCUCUGCAGAGUUUCUCACGGAGCAAGAUGCUGAAAGUUUCAAAGUGGUUUCAAGGGAUGAAUGUGAAUUAUGAACUUGUAUGUGACAAUGAAUGACCACCAAGUACAGCCUGACAGGAGGCACUCUUCACUUUGAUGUCUCAGAAAGGAGUAAAAAGCGUAUGCAGAGCUGGCAGAGGAACUGAGAGGGAAGGGAUGGGGGAAAAAAAAAAAAAAGAAUACUCACUUUUGUCCAGUGUUUUUCUUUUUAAGACGAACUUUUAAAGAACCUUGCGAUUUGCACAUCUUGAGUUUAUAAAUUUGUGUGAUAUUCCUGCAGUUUUUCUCAAAUAACAUUGUGGGAAAGGCUUGGGGGACUGAACGAGCAUAAAUAAAUGUAGCAAAAUUACUUUCUAACCUGCCUAAACUCUAGGCCUUUUAUAAGGUUAUGUUCCUUUCAAGAUUCAUUUUUGGUCUUCUUACCGUAUCUGUCACAUAAAACCAGGUCUUAGCAGGACAACUCUGAGAAUUUUCUUCAGAUUCAUUGAGAGAGUUUUCCAUGAAGACAUUUAUAUAUGUGAGCAAGUUUUUUUUUUUUUAAAGAAAACAAUUAUUGUUGUUGUUAUUAAUGUUAUUUUCAAAAUGACUUUCUUUUUCCAUCUGAAAUCAAGAUUUAAUAUUUGGUACAAACCCAGAAAGGGUCUUUCACAGUUGAGACCUUUUAUCCCCAGAGAUCUGAAAAAUUGUUUGUGGGUUUUGAGUGUGCGUUUUAAGUGCUUAAAAGUUUUAUAAGGAGAGAGAAAUUUUUAAAUAUUCUUACUUGGAAUGGCUGCAGAGAAUCUGAACAAAUACCUGAUUUUUCUUUUACCAUUGAAAAUAGUACUUUUUCCAUUUCACAGAUUUAAAAAAAAAUUCUUGUCAGCCCACAUUCUGGCUUUCCAGUAUUCCUUCACAUUUAGCUCUCAGCAGAACUGAUGAUUUUUAGAAACCAUUUCUGGGGUGUACCAAAACCA